UCGAAUGACUAUCCGCAAUCAUGGCAGGGAUUCAGGAAAAAGAUUUGUGCACUGUCUGGGUAGGAAAUAAGUCAAGAGGACGUCUGCUAUUUGUAAUGCAUGGAUAUUUUCCUCAGCGCUGAAUGAAACCAAGAGGCACGCAAAUAUUUUUUGCUGCAGAGCUUUACUUUUUCUUGGGCAUGGAUUUCGAAUGGUCAAAUUACGUUUAAUUUAUUAUUUUAGCCAGAGCAAAGUGCGUGGCUGCUAGCAAACCGCUAACUUAGCUACUAGUUGGAUAGACGCUAUCCUAACUAAAUGAGCUACUCUGUUUUUUAUUUAAUUUUUUAGUGUUUACUAAUAUUUAACUAGUUAGCUUUUUUUUCCAGUUUAGUCAGUCUUAGCAACUUGUUUGUGUCGAUCGAUGACUCUCGACAGCCUUAAACAUUCUCCUAUCCUUUCAACUUUGUUUAAAAUGGCAGACGACAUAGAAUUGAUAGGAGCCUGUGAAUUAAUAAAAGAUCGAUUAUAUUUUGCUACCCUAAGAAGCAAGCCAAAAAGCACUGCAAACACUCACUACUUCUGCACAGAUGACGAAUUUAUCUAUGAAAAGAGGAGACUGCGUGGCAGGCUGACCACCUGUUAUGAGUGCAGCAAGGAGCCAAGCUUCUAUGCGGAUUUUGGACCACUCAACCUAGCCAUGCUAUACAGAUACAGCUGUAAACUCAACAAAAAGCUGAAGUCGUUCACACUGACCAGAAAGCGAAUCGUGCACUACACCAGCUUUGACCAGCGGAAAAGGGCUAAUGCUGCUGUUUUAAUUGCUGCCUAUGCUGUCAUCUACCUAAAGAAGACCCCAGAGGAGGCCUACAGGGCUCUGAUCUCAGGCUCCAAUGCUUCAUAUCUUCCCUUCAGGGAUGCCUCGUUUGGAAAUUGCACAUACAACCUGACGAUUCUCGACUGCCUACAAGGAAUCUGGAAAGCCCUGCAACAUGGAUUCUUUGACUUUGAGACAUUUGACGUGGACGAAUAUGAGCACUACGAGCGAGUGGAAAACGGUGACUUCAACUGGAUCGUGCCAGGGAAGUUUCUGGCCUUCAGUGGACCCCAUCCCAAAAGUAAAAUAGAGAAUGGCUACCCUCUCCAUGCCCCAGAGGCGUACUUCCCCUACUUCCGGAAACACAACAUUACCACGGUGGUGCGGCUCAACAAGAAGAUCUAUGACGCCAAGCGCUUCACGGAUGCCGGCUUCGACCACUACGACUUGUUCUUCGUGGAUGGCAGCACACCCAAUGACGUCAUCACCCGCCGAUUCCUGCACAUCUGCGAGAGCACCGAUGGAGCCGUGGCCGUUCACUGCAAGGCUGGCCUUGGGCGUACUGGCACCUUGAUAGGCUGUUACCUAAUGAAGCACUACCACUUCACGGCAGCAGAGACCAUCGCCUGGAUCCGGGUCUGCCGGCCGGGCUCUAUUAUCGGGCCUCAGCAGCACUUCUUGGAGGAGAGGCAGGCAGCCAUGUGGAUGCAGGGAGACAUGCAGCGUUCGCAGCCGAGGGGUGUGUCUCACCUCAUCUCCAGCAUGGACGACCUCACCCUCAGACCAACCCACACCUCUAUUACCACCAGCAGCCCCGCUGGCAUCCUCAGGUCCCACAGUACCGACCGCCUUCAAGAGAACGACUACAUUGGGGAGAAUGGCCUAUGCAUGACCCAAGGUGAUAAAUUGCGUGCCUUAAAGGGCCGGCGCCAGCCCAGGUCGGCCACAACAGGAGCUCUAAGACUUGAAGACAUGAAAAUGCACACCAGGUCACCGUCCCAACCUUUUAGUAGGAUGAACCUUGGAGUGGGCACGCAGUGUACCAUCUCCCCACUCAAGUCCUCCAAAGUCCCAUCAUCCUCUGCUUCCGCCACGGCCAAGAGAAUCAGCCGCAGCUCCUCCUCCUCGGCAUCCAACCUCAAGAGCUCCUUCAUUAACUGCAGGCUAGCCAGCUCCUUAGGCAACCUGUACGCAGCUGACAGCAGCGAGGGCAAUAGGAAGCUGCUGUACACGCCCUCUCCAUCACACUCUUCCUCCUCUCCUCCCUCCAUCGUCACCACCCCCAUCCCUCCGUCGGGCUGGGCCGCCUCCGUUCACGGCUACGUGACUAACGGCGUGCACGGCGCCAAUUACCACCACCAUGAGGUCAACAACAAUCAGUAUAACUCGUCCCCUACUGGGGUGUUCAGCCCCGCGGGGGCCCCCCAACAUGCUGCAGGCAGGCUGGGCCCCGGGUCUGAUAAGUACAGCCCAUUCAGACCCCAGCAGGAGGGCUACUCUGGGCUCAGCGGACCUUCCGGCCGCUACCUCAGCCGCUCCAUCCCCUCCCUUCAAUCUGAAUAUGUUCAGUACUAAAGCUGCGUUUCUGCGUUGACCAAGACUGGACAGCCAUCGUGACGACUGAACUGGGCGCGAUGGAGUCUCCCACCCCUCUCCAUCUCCCCCUUCUUCCCUGCUUUCUCCCACAUACUGAAAAGGAAAUGAAUAAACCAGGAGGACGUAUUACAUUUAUUCUUCUCUCUUGGCACCUGGACGGCUGUGAUCUUUGGGGGCAGGCACAUAGACAGCAACAAACUCACAAGGGCUUAUGGAACUUUGAGUUUUGAGCUUCUUCUGUCAGCUUCAGACGGCUUCAAUCCACCUUAACUGAAGUCACUGUUUGUAUAAUGCUAACAAAGGGAGAUUACCCGGCUGUAGUUAGGCUUGGCCAGGCUGUAACUAUGUGAGUGCUCUGUCUCUUUAAAGCUGAGAUAUGGCCAUAUACUGUAGACUGGAGGUUCUCUGCUUCCCUGCAUCACAGAUUUCCGUUUUUAUUUAUGUGUACAUGUGCUAUACAAAAUUACUGUGUACACAACACAUGACAUGUAGUGAAAAAAUAGGAUAUUUUUAGACAAGGAUUUUAUACAUGAAACAUGACAAUUGUGUUGCCUGGAUAAAGAAAUAUGUUUAUAUUUACAAGUGGGUUAGCAAACAGGUUUUGGUUUAUCGCAAUUCUAUUUUUGUCUGAGUGUUACUACUUCACUAACAACAUCCAAAUAUGCGAGGGGUUUAUGGAGAGGUUCCUUAUCAGCAAUGUAUUGGCAGCACAGGACCAGGCUCAGGGUGAUGUGCUCUUGCAAUUAUGAUUCUGUUUUGUGUGUGAGAAUGUAGACCGCGUGCACAUGCACGCUAAUGUAUGUACGUACCAUAGACUGUAUAAAAACCUGUAUGUACGUACUUACCUAUGUGAGUGUGUGUAGAUGAAUGAGACUGCAUAGUGAGUGUGUGUAGAUGAAUGAGACUGCAUAGUGAGUGUGUGUAGAUGAAUGAGACUGCAUAGUGAGUGUGUGUAGAUGAAUGAGACUGCAUAGUGAGUGUGUGUAGAUGAAUGAGACUGCAUAGUGAGUGUGUCUAGAAACCAUGUGUGUGCAGUCCUCUGCCCAUGGAGUGAAAGGGUCUCUAGAGAGAAGAGAAUGACGUAUAGGGAAGAGAUGAGUGUUGUCUCCUCUUCACUAUUUUAAAUUGUUUUAAAUCAAUUCAAUGAACUGGUGGGAUUUGAUAACCCCCAAUUGGAACUAAUUCAUGCUUAAUGUUCUCCUCUGUCGCAAGCCUACGUCAAUCCUUUCAAUGAUUUGCAUCUCAAUGGGACUCACAUGGUCAAGUAAAGGAUAAAUACAGAAUAUUAUCAUCAAAAAGGAUGUAGCUAAUUUCAUAAACCCUCACAGGUCAAUGAUUUGACAACUAAAGUCAUAACAAUAACCAGACUGGGUUAUUGUGACUAGGUAUGUUGAGCAUGAUGAACAGUGGUCAUUAGUAGAGAAAAUGUAUUGUGUUGUUGGACCAACACCACCCGCAACAUAAGCCUCAGUCCCUGCGGUAUACCAUACACCAGGCAGCUUAGCAAUCCCCUCCACAGACACAAGAUCCCACUGCAAUAAUGCUCUUUGAAAGGAAAAGGAGCACAUUUUCAGUGUUAUUCGACAAGCUGUGGGUUAUGGAACUUGAUUUGUGGCAGCCUAUUUUUAACACAUACCUACUGUAGAACCAGUUAUGUUAGUUGUGUUAUCGUCAGGGCGCAAUGAUAACAGAUGUUUGUCGCUAUUACUGAAAUAUUUCCCAGUUUUGUCGAGAAUGUAAAAACAACGCAGAAACUUUUCCUGCGUAUUACAAUUCUUUCAGACUGUAGAAGGAGAUAAAAACAUUUCCGCUUUGCAGGUAGAGGUUCCUAAAAAAAAAAAUGGAAAAGCACAACUGUCCCCCAAAAUACCGUCUUUAAAAUCUCAUGCUGGAUGUCAUUGUGUGUACAAUGCAGCAGUCAUUAUCAAAGCUUGUUUUUUUACCAAUGAAUAUGAUCUACUGUGGCGCGACUAACUCAUCCAUUUUCUGUUGGACCUUAUAAGAGUCCCUAUAUGCUUUUUACUUUUAAAACUUUUGUUGAAUUUCAAAGUUGAUUUAAAUAAAUGUGUACCGAAGCAUCUGUUCAUGGCUGCAAUGAUGUUUAUUUUGUUAGAGCCCUGUACAUUCCUGGCAGUGAAAUGUGUUUCUUUGUUUCGAGAUGGGAGAAUCUUAAUAAUGCAGGUAUUCUACCUCCUUGAAAUGUACAAUUUAUAGCGAUACAAUUCGUACUUGAAUUUAUUUUUCAAGCAGUAUGUAAAGAAAAUCUAUAACUGUAGAUUAGUAUUUUUGCUUUUCAUUUUCUUACAGUAAGAAUAGUACAAUGUCUACUGUACUACAUGUGUAUAUUUGACAGGGAACAGAGGUUGCUGAAGGAAGUAACACAAUUAAAAAAUAUAAUUUUCAAGA